GAACAUUCCAACUAACCAACACAGAGAAAAAAAAAAAAUUAGUAUCCAACAGUAAGUUUUGAUUUUUCUCUGUGAACCUUUUUGCAAAGAAGCAUAGAUGGAGCAUAACAAAAAGAGCAACAAUUUAGAGGAUGGGGUUAUUGUUCAUAGCCAAGUAAGAAAAAUAAGGCAAGAAAUGGAGAAAAUCAAGUACCCGGAGAUAACCGGAAAACAAUCAGAGAUGACCGGAAGUCGACAGCAUCAACGAUCAAGAUCACCCUUGGGAUUAGCUCAAAGGUCUAUUUCUGUUGGAAGCUAGGGGAUAUUCUUUUGAGUUUUAGUAUCGAGGGUUGUGAUGAGACGGUUAGGAUCCAUCCACCUUUAAUCAGAUGUCGAGACGACUUCUUUUUACUACCUUUUAGCGGGGGCUAUGGUUUACCAAAAAAAGCAAAAAAACAAAAAAUCUUCAUGUUUUUUGGUUUUGUUCUCUUUUUUUUUUUUUUCCUUUAUAGUUUUGUACAUAUAGAUAUGCAGGAUGUGAUAAGAAAUUGUUCUGUUUGUGUUUUUGGUAAUUUUGUACCCUGGCUCUGUGUUUUAUAUGUCUUCAGAUUUUGCAGAAAUAGAUUAUGUUUCCUUA